UAUCAUUCUCAACAUGAGAUUCAUCAUUUUCCUAUCGCUUCUUCUCCUUCUCACUUGCUUCAAACUUGGUCAGACAGACACAUGUGACUCGUAUGGAUGCUUCCCGAAGAGCAUCUCCGGCUCUAGAUGCUGCCCAGAUGGAUGGGAAUUUGGCGGCCGUGCACCGUGUCCGGCUAAUCCGAACAUGGACGAAGUUUGGUGUUGCCCAAUGAUUCAUUCUUGAAUAAAUCUGUUUUCGCGUGCAAAUUUGUGUCAAAUUGUGUAUUCGCAGAUAAAAAUUCGUAUUUUG